UCAUUUGUCGCAUGUUAAAAGAAUUGAUUUCCGUUUCGCAUAAUUCGUUUCCGUACAUGCCGGCUACAUGAAAUAUAACGGCUAAGCGAAGCUUACGAUGUCGUCAACGCAGAGGGCUUUCACACAAAAGCUAUCUAAGCAACAUGCAGCGGACCUACGCAAAACCGUAUCCUGCCACAAAAGCGACCUAAUGUCUUCCUGUUCGACGACAUGGUCAAACGAAAUAGCGGACCCAUUGGACUUCGAAGAGUUCCUGAGCAAUUAUCAGUUGAUUCUCGACAGGGACCCGUUAAAAUCCAUAUUAGAUGUCCCGCUAGGCGACGUUCAUGUCGAAUUGAUCGAGAGGCCGAUACGAACACUGCAACCUAUAGUGCCCGAAGAAAAAAUUAGCUCUUUAUUACCGCACGUGCAAAGUUGCGUGCGAUGUUACAAGAAUGGCUGGAAAGUAGUACGCUACUCGUUCAGGCAUUUGAGCAGCAGCACGAUAACAAAACUUACCGUUCCCAAAAGCUUUCAGCCUUCCCCAAACCAAGAGUUCGAGGUUGAUUUCCACGUGUCGCCGGAAUCAAACAGCGAACUCGACACGUGUUCCCAAACGAGUAGCCGCCAUAGCCUCAUAUCGACCGGGUCCCUAUCGUCUUGCGGGGACACCCUCACGCCCCGCAAUUCGUGGGCAUCACUCGACCUGCGCCACUCAGCCGGCGAUCCCCUUAUACCAGAAAUCCUUGAGCAUUCUGUAUCCGACUCGCAGGACCAAGUAAACGAGUCGAAACGGCAAAACGACCGGCAGGACACACUAUUCGCUCUGACGUUACCGCCGGGCGACCUUCAGAAUGCGCUCACCGACCCUACCGAGAAACGUCUACCGGCUACUCCACCCGUUGAACACUGCGGCCACCGGGUAUUAAUCAAAUGUCUCCAGCUGACGAUGGACAUCGAAAUCGAGCCUCUCUUCGCCUCCAUGGCCCUCUACGAUUGCAAGGAGAAGAAAAAAGUGUCGGAGACGUUCUACUUCGACCUGAACCCCGAAGGUCUAAAGCGCAUGCUCGGUGGUCACGUGCCCUACUCCGACGUCAGCACGUUGGCCAGGAGCUGCGUGUUUAACGUGACGAAUCCUUCGGCGGAUCUUUUCGUCGUCGUGCGCUUGGAGAAGGUGCUCCAGGGCGACGUGAACGAAUGCGUCGAACCUUACCUGAAGGACGACAAGAACCGCGACAAACUAAAGUCGCUCGCAAUGUCGUACUGCGAGAGACUGGGCAAAUAUCGUCAGUCUCUCGCCUGGACCGCGAUCAACCUGCUGAGCGUGGUCAACGGUGGUAAUUCGCUCGAACGCGACCUCGAAAGGGACUUCGCCACUAGCGGGGGCUCCAGCACCAAUAGUCUAGAUCGGAAAUCGUCUAGCGGCGGAUUGGAGCAGCUGCGCCGUAAGGCGGCGGACGUGGGUAACCUGACCCGCAGAGGAUCGCUCGAACGGAAGGAUAAGUGCAGGUCUUGGUCGCCCGACGACCUAGCAGCGAACCUCGACUCGUUCCGACCGAUCACGCUGACGAUGUCGUCGUUUUUCAAGCAGGAGAGCGACAAACUUCGCGACGACGACCUCUACAAGUGCCUACAGGAGCUCAAGCGACCAACCUUGGUGCUGAAAAAGCUCAAGUGUAUACCCGCGGUGUUCAAGCUCGAAAUCUCGCCGUGUCCUGCGGAGUAUCGGAACUGUCUAACUCCGGAACUCGUCAAACUGCACCCCUACGCGGAUGACAAGGGCAGGCCUACCAAAGAGCUUCUGGAGUUCCCUAUCAGAGACGUCCUCGUGCCACACUACACCUACCGUAACCUGCUCUACGUCUCGCCCAAAGAGUUGAAUUUCUCGAACAGGACGGGGUCGGCGCGAAACCUGACGGUACGUGUGCAGCUGAUGGCCGGCGAGGGCGAGAACCACGCCCUCAAUGCUAUAUAUGGGAAGUCGUCCUGUCCCGAGAUGACCAAUGAAAUGUUCUCCGCCAUUACGUAUCACUGCAAGACGCCCGCGUUCUACGAUGAGGUUAAGAUCAAGGUGCCGGCCCUGCUCGCCGACCAUCACCACCUGCUGUUCACGUUCUAUCACGUCUCGUGCCAAAAGAAGGCGGAGCAGACGGUGGUCGAGUCCCCCGUCGGGUAUACGUGGUUGCCGCUACUGCGAGACGGUCGCCUCGUCUCCGGCGAGUUUUGCCUGCCGGUAAUGCUCGAAACUCCCCCGCGGAACUACAGCUACAUCCCGCCCGACGUUUUCCUGCCGGGAACCAGGUGGCUCGACAAUCACAAAGGUCUAUUUACCGUCGUUCUUGACGGCGUGUCCUCGGUACAUACCCACGACGCGGCCGUGGAACGUUUCUUCGCCGCUUACGACUACGUGCACAACGGUCAGAUACCCACCCGCCUCGGCGAGGUCGGUUCCGAAAAGGAGCUCGUCAACGCCAUGCUAGGGUUGUCCGGGGCGAGGCCCGAAACCAUCGUCAAACAUCUGCCUCAGAUUUUCGACGCCGUCAUCGAAUUACUGGUGCAACCGCCGCGAAUAUCGGGCCACACCCUCAACAUAGGCCACGCGUGUUUCGAGACGCUGUGCCUCAUGCUGGACAAUGUGUCGAACCUGCACGAGCUCGUCGUAGACCGGCACGGCCGGAACGCCCUCCUCGCUACGUACAUCCAGUACCAAGCGAACUUGCCCCACCCCGCGUACACCGAUUGGGCGACUAGGUCGCCGAUCGUGCGCAGCAACUCUAAUCCUGAUAUCGAACUGUCGCAGUAUCAGAUGUUUGACCGACGUAUUAAUCAAUAUUUAAUUCAGCCUAGGGGCCUGGAUAGGGCGGCGAGUAUGCGCGUGGCCGCGAACGAACCUGUCAGUCCUACCGCGAGCACGUGCCCGAGGAUCGUGCACCAAGAGAUCGCGUACCAGUGGACGAUAGCGGGCGGCAGAAACAGGGACCUAGCGAUGCAAAACGCGUGGUUCCUGUUCGAGCUGAUCGCUAAGAGUAUGGUCGAGCAUUUGGCGUACGCGCGCGGCCUGGACGCGCCGCGCAAGGGUCGCUUCCCCGACCAGUUUUUGGACGACGUCGCCGUGUUGGUGCAGAACCUAACCGCGGAGAUUAUCGCGCACUCUCUGGGCGAAACGAGGAAGGUGCACAAGCUAAACGCGGCCCUUGCGUUCUUCCUGUUCGAUCUGCUCUCCAUCGCCGACAGAGGAUGGGUCUUUCAGUUACUAAGGUAUUACAACAAAGAGGUCCAGACAAAAAUUGCGUCUGUCGCCGACGGAGCCGUCCUCGUCGAGCUGAAGCUCGAACUCGCGCGCAUCGUGUGCAGUCACGAGCACUACGUUGCCCUCAACCUGCCGUUCGCGUCUCCUUUCAUGUCGUCGGGCGCCAGUGUAUCCCCGAGUCCCAGCGUCGCUAGUUCGACAAGCCAAAACUCGUACGUGUCGGGGGCGGCGGCUAGUCAAGAACGAGUCACCGCCUACGCGGAACUUUCCCCCGAAUACAAACGUCAUCAUUACCUUACGGGCCUCGUGCUCGGCGAUUUGGCAACGGUGCUCCUGGAAACACCUCAACCGUCUCUUCAUCAUCGAGCCGUCGACACGGUACGCUCUCUACUCUCGUGGCACGACUCUGACCCGCGGUACUCGUCGCCCGAGGCCCGCCACAAGGUGGCCGCCCUCUACCUUCCGCUCCUCUCGAUCGCUAUGGACGUGCUGCCGCUGAUGGUUCACUUUUCCGCCGACAAAAUCGCCGGCGACGACGCCUCCUCCACGAACAUCGACCCCUCGGUGGCGAUGGUCAUCGCGGGCAAGCUGCAGCCGUCUAGUUUCAACGGCAAAGUCGAGAUCGGUGCGGACGUCACGCGCGAUCUGCUCACCUGCACCCUGUGGGUGCUGAAAAACAUCGAAGGUGACUCGCUCUCGAGGUGGAUGGGCGAACUGUCUGCGUCGAGGAUGGCCACGUUCCUCGGCCUCCUGGAUGUCUGCACCACGUGCUUUGAGUACCGACCGAGAAGACGACCGGCGCCGUCUGGUUACGUGCAGGUCAACGAUAUCCGGUCCCGCCUCGAAGACGUCAUACUGGGUCAGGGGUCGGCGCGCGAGAUGAUGCAGCGCAGGAAAGUGGGCGGCGCGGCUCAGUCGUCGGCCGAGAAGCUCCGCUGGAGGAAGGACCAGAUGCCGUGCCGCGUUACCACCGAGUCGGGGGGAGGUCGGCCCAAAGAAGACAACUCGUCGGACACGCAGCUCGAGGGUCACUUCGCCGCCGAGGCUUCGCUGAUCGUGCUCGACACCCUCGAACGUUGCGUCACCAUCAUCGCGCAGAUGGACGUGCAGCAGCACCUGGUCGGUCUGUCGCUCUCCGUCCUGCUUCACGCCCUGGGCAAGAACCAAAGCACGACCGUGCUACCGCACAUGUUCGCUUCGCAGCGCAGCCUCGUGUUCAAAUUUCACGGCGCCCUCUUCGACGAGGAAAGCACCCACUGCGCCGAUCUGUGUCUUCUCCUGCUAAAACACUGCGGCUCUCAGAUGGCGGCGGUCAGAUCUCAGGCCGCCGCCUCGCUCUACCUCUUGAUGCGUCAGACGUUCCAAUUGGGCAACAACUUUGCCCGCGUCAAGAUGCAGGUGACUAUGUCGUUGAGCAGCUUGGUGGGCACUUCGGCGACGUUUAGCGACGACUCGCUGAGACGGUCACUGAAAACGAUCCUCGAGUACGCCGAGCGGGAUGCCGAGCUUCAGGAUACGACGUUCCCGGAACAGGUGCGCGAUCUCAUCUUCAACCUGCACAUGAUCCUGUCGGAUACCGUGAAAAUGAAAGAGUUCCAAGAGGACCCGGAAAUGUUGCUCGACCUGAUGUACCGCAUCGCCAAAGGAUACCAGAACUCGCCGGACCUGCGUCUCACGUGGCUCAAAAACAUGGCGCAGAAGCACAUGGAGAAGGGCAACCACACGGAGGCGGGCAUGUGCUUGGUGCACUCGGCGGCUCUCGUCGCCGAAUACCUGGCGAUGCUGGAGUCGUUGCCUCACCUGCCCGCGGGGGCGGCCGCGUUGGAGAAGAUCAGCCCGAAUGUGUUGGAAGAGAGCGCGGUGUCCGACGACGUGCUCAGUCCUGAACGCGAAGGGGGUUGUCUCGGGUCCCAUUUCACGGAGGCGGGGCUUAUCGGAUUGCUCGAGUACGCGGCGAAAAGCUUCGAAACCGCCGCGACGUACGAGCCGAUGAACGACAUCUACAGGGUGAUGAUUCCGGUCGCGGAGAACGCGCGCGACUUCAAGAAACUCGCCAACAUUCACGGCAAGCUGCACGACGCGUACACGCGCAUCGAUCAGCUCCACGGCAAACGUAUGUUCGGCACGUACUUCAGGGUCGGUUUCUACGGCUCCAAGUUCGGCGACCUCGACAAGGAGGAGUUCAUCUAUAAGGAGCCGACGCUUACCAAGCUGCCUGAGAUUUUCAGCCGGCUGGAGAACUUUUACGCGGAGCGUUUCGGCGCGGAAAACGUCAUCAUCAUCAAGGAUUCGAAUAUCGUCGACCCGAACACCCUCGACCCCGAGAAAGCGUAUAUCCAGAUCACGUACGUCGAGCCUUACUUCGAGCAGUUUGAGCUGCGGUACAGACAGACCCACUUCGACCGCAACUUUAACAUCAAGAGGUUCGUGUACGCCACGCCCUUUACGAUGACGGGCAAGGCGCACGGCGAGCUGAAGGAUCAGUACAAACGCAAAACGAUCCUGACCACUGCCGUACAUUUUCCAUAUGUGAAGACCCGUAUUCAGGUGGUGGGACGUACCCAGGUCACCCUGACGCCGGUAGAAGUGGCGAUCGAAGAUAUCCAGAAAAAGACGCAAGAGUUGGCGGCCGCGACGCAUCAGGAACCGCCCGAUCCCAAGAUCCUGCAGAUGGUGCUGCAGGGGUGUAUCGGCACGACCGUCAACCAGGGACCGUUGGAAAUGGCGUUGACGUUCUUGCCGGCGAACGGCAAAACUCUAACGAGGUCGCAGAAUAAGCUGAGGUUGUGCUUCCGCGACUUUUCGAAAAAGUGCUGCGACGCUCUGAAGAAAAACAAGAACCUGAUCGGACCGGAUCAGAAGGAUUACCAGCGCGAACUCGACAGGAAUUAUAAGAGGUUUAUCGAGAAGCUGCAGCCGCUGGUCAACGGUCAGUCGGUCACCAUCGUCAGCGGCGCGAGCCCAUACAAGCAUGCGCAGUCCGAUAGUUCCGUGCUGCGAUGGUGAAAAGGGGUCGCUGCUAGGGUAAGAUUUCUUGGAAUCUCUACUGUUCUAGUCGCGCAGACGUUUGAUAUGUAGCGUUUGAGUGAAUUAAAAAAAAAGAUCUCUCCCAUUUUUGGUUGCGCUUUUUUCUUGUGGUAGAAACUGGACCAGUUUGGGUCGCCUUAUCAUAUGAUAAUAAAGUGAUAUGAUAGUAGAGUUGUUUUAUUAAGUGAAUUCGAGCGAAUACCAAUAGCGCUGGUUUCAUUGAAAAACACCGAC